AUGGAACGAUAUUUUAAGAGAAAGUUUUCAUCAACUACCUCUAGUUCGGAUGAUGUGGGUAGUUCAAGUGUAAGAGAUGUGGGUAUUUCAAGAGAUGUGGUGGGUAGUUCGAAAGAAAGUGAGUUGCAAGAUGUAUUGGCUAAUCUUCCUGCAGACCCUGGACUUCGACCUCAAAUGUUGGAUUAUGAUCCUAACAUUCGAGACGAAGUUCGAAGAGCAUAUCUACAAAAGGAUGCUGCAUUUUGCCUUUAUUGUUAUCUCUUCAAAUCCAAUUUCAAAAUUGGUCAAGGCUGUAGCGAUGUCUUCACCGAGGUGGGUUGUAGAAAUUGGAAGAAGAAAGAUAAAAUUAGGCAACAUGUUGGAGGUGUUGGGAGUGUUCAUAAUCAAUCUAGAAAAUAUUGUGUGGAUUUUAUGAAUCAGAAGCAACACAUCCAAACAGUUUUGGUAAAGCAAUCAGACCAAGCUCUUAUUGAUUAUCGUAUUUGCUUGACAGCUUCUCUUGAUUAUGUGAGAUUUUUGUUGAAGCAAGGUCUUCCUUUUCGUGGCAAUGAUGAGAGUGACACUUCAAACAACAAGGGAAAUUAUGUAGAACUCUUACAAUUUCUUGCUGAUCAUGAUGAGAAAGUUAAGGCUGUUAUGUUGGAAAAUGCUCUAGGGAAUCUCAAGCUAAUAGCUCCAACAAUUCAAAAAGAUCUUGUGAAUUCUUGUGCAACUGAAACUAUUAAGAAAAUCAUUAAGGAUAUGGAUGGUGCAUUCUUCUCCUUAUUAGUUGAUGAAUCACGUGAUAUAUCAGUCAAAGAACAAAUGGCGGUGGUGUUUCGUUAUGUGGACAAAAGAGGGUAUGUAAUUGAAAGGUUUGUGGGCAUUCAAUAUGUUAGCGACACUACAUCAAACUCGCUGAAAGAGGCUAUUGACACAAUGUUUUCAAGAGAAGAAUUGAGCAUUUCCAUGCUAAGAGGAUAA